CGCAGUCGCCACUGACUAGAAGCUACGGUUCGCUUUGUACAAACUUCGUACGACCACUUCACUUGUGAGUCGUAUUUGCUGAUGUCGUCCCGAUAGCAUCGGCUUUUGGAAGGCGCACGCCACUGCCAAUCCUUCGUGAGACCUUCUACGCUGGACUCGGCGCGCAUAUAGUUACACCGUUCUUCGUUGCUCAACCUCAUGGCCGAAGAUGACGAACGGACCGAGGAGUUGGGGUCUCUAGAGGCCAUCUACCCCGAGUUCAACAUCGAUCAUGAUCGUUUCAGCGCGACUCUGGAGCUUGCAGUUACUCCGUCCAAGCCACUUCUCGUUCGGUUCAUACCCCAAGUCACGAACAACGGCAAGGGCAGCAGUUAUGCUCAGGCAGCAACGAACGGCAACGCCCACAUCGAACGCGACGUUGAGCUAUCGCACCUUCCGCCGUUGCACAUCGAGUCGACACUUCCUGAUGGCUACCCCAGCACUGUUGCGCCAAAGGUUACCUUGACCACUCAACACGACUGGCUGCCGAAAGACCGUCUGGUCGAGUUAGAGAGUCAAGUGGAGAGGCUCUGGAAUGAAUACGGACGCUGUCAGAUUUUAUAUGUCUAUGUUGACUUCCUCCAACAAGCCGUUGAGCGCAGCUUUGAUCUCGACCAGUGCGCAGACGGCUGCCUAGUCCUUCCUUCGACCACGGAAAAGCUGUUAACAGACUUCGAUGAGGCGACUAAAGUGUCCAUCUUCAACGCCGGCACCUACGAUUGCGGUAUAUGUCUGGAACCCAAAAAGGGUACUAGAUGUUACCGCAUGAAGAAGUGUGGGCAUGUCUUCUGUUUGCAGUGCCUUCAAGACUUUUACAACAACGCAAUCACCGAAGGCGACAUCACCGGAGUCCGGUGCCUUGAUCCAACCUGUGGCAAGGACUUAGCAAUGGCCGGAGACGGCCGGAAGCGGAAACGGGAAUCCAAGCGCACGUUGCAUCCUCGUGAGCUAUUGGCCAUGGGAGUCGAAGAGAGCAUGGUGCGCCGCUACGUGGAGAUGAAGCGGAAGAAGAAGCUCGAGGCGGAUAAAACGACGAUCUACUGUCCUCGAACGUGGUGCCAGAGCCCAGCCCGAAGCAACAAGUACCCACCUAUACCAGCCGACUUGACCUUGUAUGCUGGCGACGAUUCCUCCAGCGAUGAAGACCACGUAGAGUCAGGCGCAAACAGAGAUGGCAGCGCUACCUCUGGCAAAGCGUCGAAGGGUCCGCCAGCUGACCCGGCGGACAGGCUGGCAGUGUGCGAAAAGUGUAAUCUCGCCUUCUGUCGGGUCUGCUACAUGGGCUGGCACGGUCCAUUCGCACGCUGCUUCCCGCGUGAUCCAACAGAGCUGUCUGCCGAGGAGAAGGCGUCAUACGACUACAUCCGCCUUCACACUAGUCCAUGUCCGACUUGCAGCAGUCCGACGCAAAAGACCAUGGGCUGCAACCACAUGAACUGCUUUCAAUGCAACACGCACUUCUGUUACCUUUGCGGGGCUUGGCUUGAUGGAGGGAAUCCGUAUCAGCAUUUCAACAAACCGGGCUCGGAAUGUUAUCAGCGGCUCUGGGAGUUAGAGGAAGGCGAUGAAGGUCAAGGUCCGGAAGACGGACGCGGCUUUGCUGGUGGCAGACGCUGGGAGCAAAUGGCUAUUGAGGCUGCGAGAGAGGCCGAUGCGGCAGAGGCUGCUCAGUUAGCUCAGGUUGAAAUGGUUGCGCCACCGGCUGCUGCUGCCCAACUUGAACCCAUCGCUGUUCACAUGGCGCAGAUCCGACUCAACGACGAACCGGUAGUGGAGGCGCAAGUACGGCAAAGGCCGAACGGUCGGAGGAGACAGAACCCGUUCCCAGCGCGACCGCCUGCUCAGGGACAGGCUCAAGCGGUGCGAAGGCAUGAGAGAGCGGGUGCUGGUCGAAACGGUACCAACCAGAGAGGAAAUCCCCUGGCGCAAGAUGAUGGCUUACAGCGCUUCUUAGAGCUUGCACAAAGGGAUGAGGAGGACGGCUGGGAUAGCGACGAGUUGGAUGAGGAUGAUGUACGUUUUGUGAUACGGUAGCUCUGUUGGGAACAUUCCGACUAGCUCGAUCACCUAGGACCGUAACUGAUUAUUCCGGUGCUUUGUUCUAUGCGACUAUCAUUCCCUGUCCUCACACCAGAUAGUACAUGCUCAUGCAAUGGGC